CUGAAACCCAAAAUUAAAAGAAAGAGUUUUUUUCUUUUCAUUGGUUGGAUAAAUACUUAAAUUUCCACAAAUUCUAAGUCAUAAAUUUCGCAUUUUUAUUGCAAAGAGAGGGAAAAAGUACUAAAGCUGAACCAAAAAAAAGAGAGACUUUGGAUUGACGACGAUCAGAGAUCGGGAUUGUAGCGGCUAUGUACGGUCUCUGAUCAUUUGAUUUACGGUUGAAUAUCCGUCAUUUGAUCGUUUGAGUCGAAAAAAUGGGAGCCCGUUGUUCUAAAUUCUCUAUUUGCUGGUUUCAGUCUCACCUUAAAGCUUCCGUCAUUGAAUCCUCCGAACUCGAGAACGGAGGCAAAGGUGAGAAGAACACACGGCCGAGUUUCAGUGAGUUUAGCUUGGAGCAAUUGAAAGCUGCCACGUGUGGGUUCUCUUCCGAUAACAUAGUGUCGGAACACGGUGAAAAAGCUCCCAAUGUUGUUUAUAAAGGGAAGCUCGAUAAUGACCGUUGGGUGGCCGUUAAACGGUUUAACAAGUUCGCCUGGCCCGAUUCUCGUCAAUUCCUCGAGGAAGCAAGAGCUGUUGGGAGAUUAAGGAGUGAGCGGUUGGCAAAUCUGAUUGGUUGUUGUUGUGAAGGCGAGGAGAGAUUGUUGGUCGCCGAGUUUAUGCCCAAUGAAACGCUGGCUAAGCAUCUUUUUCACUGGGAAAAUCAGCCAAUGAAAUGGGCAAUGAGAUUGAGGGUGGCACUGUACUUGACGCAAGCUUUGGAUUAUUGUAGCAGUAAAGGAAGAGCUUUGUACCAUGAUCUCAAUGCUUACAGGAUUUUGUUCGACAACGAUGGUAAUCCCAGGCUGUCUUGCUUUGGGCUCAUGAAGAAUAGCAGAGAUGGCAAGAGUUAUAGUACAAACUUGGCUUUCACACCUCCUGAAUACCUGAGAACAGGUAGAGUGACGCCAGAAAGUGUUGUGUAUAGCUUUGGAACCUUGCUGCUAGAUCUUAUGAGUGGCAAACAUAUUCCUCCUAGCCAUGCACUUGACUUGAUUCGCGGCAAGAAUUUUCUCAUGUUAAUGGAUUCUGCUUUGGAGGGCCAUUUCUCUAAUGAUGAUGGAACAGAGUUAGUGAGGUUAGCUUCUCGUUGUUUGCAGUAUGAAGCUCGUGAGAGGCCAAAUACGAAGUCCCUUGUCAUAUCUCUCAUGUCACUUCAGAAGGAACCAGAGGUAUCAUCAUAUGUUUUGAUGGGUAUUCCACAAGGAACUGCUUCUUCAAAACAGCCAUUGUCAUUGACACCUUUUGGAGAGGCUUGCUUGAGGAUGGAUCUAACUGCUAUACAUGAAAUAUUGGAGAAGAUGGGAUACAAAGAUGAUGAGGGGAUUGCUAAUGAGCUUUCUUUUCAAAUGUGGACCAGCCAAAUGCAGGAUACGUUGAAUUCUAAGAAACAUGGAGAUACUGCUUUUCGAGCUAAGGAUUUUGCUAGUGCAAUUGAUUGCUACACACAGUUCAUUGAUGGGGGGACCAUGGUUUCACCAACCGUCUAUGCCAGGCGCUGCUUGUCUUACUUGAUGAAUGAUAGGCCACAAGAGGCCCUUGGGGAUGCUAUGCAAGCCCAGGCGGUGUCCCCUGAGUGGUCCACUGCUUUGUAUCUACAAGCGACUUGCCUGUUUAGCCUAGGGAUGGAAAGUGACGCCCUAGAAACGCUCAAAGAUGGAACCAACUUGGAAGCCAAAAGGAGCAAAAACUGAAAAUUGUAUAGCUUUUCAAAUUGUUUUAUUUUUUCUCCCAUAGUUUUCUUUAGGCCCUUGUAUUUAUUCCUUAUUUUCCAUCUUUUUAUCACUCCGGGCUAUGGCUGCCUUCCAGAAUUCUUCAAUAUUUAUAGUUGGUUUUCAUAUUUCAAGUUUGUACUGGGGUCUGUUGGAGACUGAGCAUCAUACAGAAGGAUGUACUCUGGCUGAAACGAUUAGAAACUUUGGUUUGUUCGACCCUCAAAGUGAGUAUGAAGCUACCCCUUUAGCAUCAGUUCCGGUGCCUGGGUCGUUGAUCCUGAAGAUUGCUUUUUUCAGCUUUUAUUGGGCAACUAUUAAUACAAAACUCAAUUGUUGCAUAUUUGCAGUAUUACUUUGAGUGCCAGAAGUCACGAACGUAAGCAACUAAGGAUUGGCCAAACCCUUCACCAAUCACGAGUCCAUGACCUGACUCCUGAAUUGGCCGGUAAAAGAUAGAUUUUUCUUCUGGCAUUUCUUAGCAAUUUCGAUUCAUUUUACCCCCUAGACAACAAUUUUUGCAAUGACCAAAAUUGUCCGGACCUCAUAGUAGACAAGGAGAAGAUGUGAUGUGAAAGAAAUUAGAAAAAAAAAAAAAAAAAAGAGCUGCUAAACUGGUUCUACUAACUAUGACUAUGAGCCUGUGAGUCUUUGACAACCAGCUAAUGCUACAGCAAGUCAAGAUGGUUAGGUUCUGUAAGACAACUACUUCAAUACUCUUGAUGGCAGCAAUUUUAAAUAACUUUCUGCCAAGUGAAAAAAAAAUUCCCACCAAAUAAAUACUUUUCAAGGUAUUUUCCUGAAAUCAGACCAAGGAGAAAAUGCAUCUUGUCGACAAUAGAGCUACUACGAUUGUACAGACCAAAAGCAUGGAACUGUGCUACAGAGUUUUAGGAUGAUGGCAUAUUGAAGUGAAAGAGCCAUGAUAUGACAAAUGCAAAUACCAUGCAAGCAAGGAGAAA